AUGUCUGAAAAACAAAAAGGGGCCGAAUAUGAGGAAGUUGUUAAUACUGUUACAAUGCGGAAAUGGAAGUUAAAUUAA